CUAACGCUGUCUAGCUCUGUGGUCUCACAAUAUUACACAGGGCCAUUCUUGCUGAAGGACAGGCGACGUGACAGCCAAGUCGCAGACACGAUGUGAGUGGGUCCCCGCCUUUGGGAUGGGCCAUGGGGGCAUGGCUUUUUUUUUUUUUUUUUCUCUCCCUCUUGGCCCCCAAAGAUUGUCAUUGGCACUUGGGUUCCAAGGAGUUAUUGGUUUCUUUCUUUCAUUCUUUUUUUUUUCUUUUUCGGACUGAGGAUUUUAUCUGGAUCAUGUAUUGUUUUAGGCAAUUUCCUCUCCGGUUUCCGUCCACCCCACCCCUUCUUUUUUCUUUUUCUUUUUCUUCUUCCUUUUGCGUUUUUCUUUUUUUUCGUGUUUUUAUUUUUUAACCCCCUCUGGACCAACAGCGCCCCUCUCCCCCAUGCCCUACAUAAGGUACUAAAAAAGGUAAUGUAUGUGCACAGCAGUCAUCCGGAACAGGGCC